AUGAUUCAAUGUAAAAAAGCGUAUGAAUUAAUUCCCCAAUCUUGUCUUGAUUCGAUAAAAGAUAAACUUUUGAUCGACUCUUCCGACGUCCAACAAUUUAUAACAGAAGAAGCACUCUCGAAAUUCCAAAACGCACAGAUCAAAUAUAUCAUAACCGCUUUCCAGAUUUCUCAAAAAGGUACAGUCUUCGAAGAUUACUUCAAUUUCACGUUCCUCUCCAACUCUCGUGACCAAUACAUCAAAGAAAUCGUCGACAAGUUGAACACCGAAGUGAAGGUCUUUAUGAAACGAGGUUCUGUCCUUCCCACUGAUUCCAAUACUCCCGACGACGUAAAGACAAGGGUAGACGCGUUACUAACUCCAAAUAUCGAAAUGGACCCAUUCUCCACACUUCUUGAUGAUUCAGAAACAAAAGAGAAGACUCCCCUGAAAAAUUCAAAUUCGACAAACAAAAUCAUGAAGAGAGGCAAAACGGAUCCCGAUGAAGAGAUCGACCCCAUCGUCAUGGAAAUUAAACGUCGCAAUGAAAGUGAAGGGCGUUGUAAAAAGAGUCGUCCAAUCAAAGAAGUUGAAGAAGAAUCGUCCGACAGUAAAUCCAUUAAAAAGAAGAAGAUGAAAGAAGAGGAGGAGUCGUCUUCUAGUGAAGAGUCCUAUGAACCGUCCUCGGAGUCGUCUUCGUCAAUCUCUCCAAAGAGAAAGAAGAAAGUGACUAAGAGGCGCACAAAGAAGACGACGAAAAGGGUCUCUCGGAAGUCAAAGAAAAACAAAAGUAGUAGUUCUUCAUCGUCGUCAAGUGAUUCGUCAUCUUACUCGUCCGAUAGCUCUUCCGAGUCGUCGACAAGCUCAUCGGAGGAAGAUCGGAAAAAGCCGAUUAAAAAAAGAGCGACACGGAAGAGAGGGAGGAAGCCAGUGAAAAGAACAUCUGGAAUAUCAAGUUCCUCCAGUGAUGAGAGUUCAUCAGAGGAGGAACGACCAAUAAAAAAAUCAAAGAAAGUCACAAGAAAGAGAAAGCAAAAAGAGACAAGUGAAGAUACGAGCGAUGAGGAACAUGAAAAAAGAAAUCAAGUGGACGUGAUUGAGAGGCCCGGAAAGAGAACAUUGGUAAGGCGAAAAAUAAAGGAAGUGUCCGUGACUGAUGGACAUUGCAAUUACUUUCUUUUGAAGAAGAAAAAGAAAGAUGCCAAGAAUGCGCUGAUUCGGAAGAAAAAGCUCGCCAUGGAAGAGAAGGAAAAUGAAACAGAAACAAGCGAAGAUGACGAUUCGAAAUGA